CACAUCACACUCGGACAUGUAUACCCAAAUGGUUUUAGUUGCCGUUUUGGCUGCCGUUGCAUCAGCAGCACCUGGGCUUGUGGCACCAGCGCCUCUGCUGCAUGCAGCCCCAGCUGCACCUUUCGUAACAGCGCAUAGCAGCCAGGUGGUGACGAGGAACCACAACGGCGUGGUGGCACCUUUGGUCCCUGCUGCACCAUUGGCAGCUUACCUGGCACCGGCGCCGUUGUCGUACGCCGCUGCACCGUUUCCAGCGCCGGUCCAUCCCCUUGGAACCGGGGUCGCUCCGUUUUUCCCACCCGCCCAUCAGGGUCUUGUUUUCUAAGUGAAAAAUUAAACUAAGUUUAAAAAAAAUUA